CUGCUAAUGCAUAUGUUGAGCUAAAAUGCUAAAUAUGGUUAAGCUGGUCAAAUUUCCUUACUUGCUUUAACUCUAAUAUAAUCACUUGCAAUUCAAUGAAUUUUUCUUUACACGGACUCUUGUGACAUUCCUUCUUACAUUUUGCUGUUUUCAUCAUGGGAAACUCGUGUGCAAAAUCAGUUGUUGGAAAUAAGAAGCCUCUAAGUGAGACAAAGCAGUGUUGUAACUCUUCAGAACAUAAAGCUGUUUUGCGAACUUCCAUCUCCAAUAAACUCAAGUCAUUCAGCUUGAAUGAUCUGAAGAAGGCCACCAAGAACUUCCGACAAGAAAAUUUACUUGGGGAGGGACGCGAUGGACUUGUCUUCAAAGGGUGGAUUGAUAAGACCACUUAUGCUCCCACAAAACCAGGGAGUGGAAUGGUAGUGGCCAUUAAAAAUCUUAAGCCAGAAAGCUUUGAAGGCGAAUGGCUUGAAGAAGUCAAUUAUCUAGAGCAGCUUCCCCAUGAAAAUCUGGUGAAAGUUAUUGGUUAUUGCUUGGAAGAAGGUGGUGAACCAAUCGCCUGGACUACACGCGUUAACAUCGCAAUUGGUGUAGCUAAAGGAAUAGCAUUCUUGCAUUCCCUGAAGGAAAAUGUUUUAGUUAUUGAUUUAAGGACUACCAGUAUCCUACUUGAUUCGGAUUUCAAUGCAAAGCUUUCGGGUUUUUGCUUGGUAAGAUAUGAUCUUCGUAGACAGGCCUUCAAAUUUCUUACACGCCAUGCAGGUUAUUACGGGGCGGAAGAGUGUGUUACUGCAGCUGCAGGUUAUACACCAAAAUGUGAUGUAUAUAGCUUUGGGGUUGUCUUGUUUGAAUUACUAACAGGAAGGCGUGCGAUAGAAUUUGAUACAUCGAGGGAAAUGCAAGUGGAUUCGGUAAAGCCCCUCCUGAGUGAUAGAGGAAUGGUUUUGAGAAUCAUGGACGCCAGGUUGGGUGAUCAAUACUCCAAGGAAGGAGCACAAGCUGCAGCUGCACUUGCAUUACAAUGCUUGAGCAGAAGUCCUAAAUCUAGACCACCUAUAGUAGAUGUUCUAGCUGCAUUGGAAGGACUUCAUUCGCUUGAUACAAUCCCAAGGACACCAAGAUUUGAAGCUGAAAGCCGUGCUACCAAACAUUGUGCUCAUUAAUAAUAAAUGUAAAGAAAUGCAAAUAAGUAUGAAUACCAUGCUAUGCAAUAAUGCUCUGUCACUUCAUUUCUAUGCAUAGUUGAAGAUUUUCCACCUAUGAGGCUUGGUCAUUUGAAGUAUUAUUUGUAUUUUUUU